AUGGAAGUUGCUCUGCUCUCUUCAUUUGUCGUUGACGAAGGAGAUUUGGCUGCGUUUCUUGUGAAGACAUAUGACAUUGUGAACGAUCCCAACACAAACGAGAUUGUUUCAUGGAGCUCUACCAACAACAGCUUCGUUGUUUGGAACCCGACUGAAUUUGCUCGUGGAUUUCGAAAAAUACAUGAUGGGCAAUGGGAGUAUGCUAAUGAAAAUUUUAUAAAAGAUCAAAAACAUCUUCUGAAGAACAUACAACGUAAGGACAGUCAUCAUCCUCGAGAUUAUGAUGAACUAAUAGAGAAAAUCAACAAUCAUCAAAAGAGAACAAAUCUUCGCAUCGAACGUUUUCAGCAACGAUUGGAUGCUAUGGAGACCAUGCAGAAAAAUUUGAUGAACUUAUUUGAGAAAGCUAUUCAGAAUCCUUCUUUUGUUGGUCAACUUUCUGACAAAUUUGCAUCAGGUUGA